AUGAACAACGAAACAAAUGAGCAUGUUACCAAGCCCCGAUAUAUCCUUGGUGGCCUCUCGAGCUUCAUACCUCUUCAGGAUGAGCACAACGCCAUAGUGUCGCGCGGGCAGCGUGUACCUUCACUGAUACAGUCUCGUGGUUCAGAACGGAACCUCUUCUCCCUCGGCAGGCGCAAUCGUGCCUUCUCUACGUCUGAUGAUGAAUCGAUAGAAGCAACCGCAGCUUUGGACUCUCCAGCUAGACGACCGAUUCUCCGGCAUGGCCACACAACAAUCGAUCGCGAUCGUGACCUCGACCUGAAUGAGGAGCGCAGGAUGACCCAUGCUGCUGAGGUUCUCAUGACGCCUCAUAUGCGCAGCAUGCGACUCAUUGGAUCCAGUAAUCCACGGUACCGCUGGCAGCAAUACUACAAGACGCCGGAACAACUAAAACAGUAUCGCAAACCACUUCGUCAGUACUACGAGCGAGUGAACUUCCUCAUUGCGCAUUACCUUUACAUCGAUCGGUUGCUUGAUUCGAGUCUGAUACACAAGCUGAUGUCGGAGUAUCAAGAUGGCGAAGCAGAAGAGAGACAAGAACUACAGCCUAUCAAAGAACAACAAGAGGAGGCUGCGUCACCAAUGAUGAAUGGUGAUUCGUUGUCAGACAUUGAUGAUGACAGCAAGAGGGGUGCACGUGCAGAGGACCAGCGACAGCGACAGCGACAGCAAUCCCAAUCACAGCCACAGCAAACCAAGAAGAUGAAGCGGACACCGAAGAACUUGUACAAGAUUCCUGAUGAGCAGUCGCCUUUGCUUCAACAAGAAGAAGAGGGUGAUGUCGAGGCUCAGGAAGACGAGGUCGAGCAGAUCGACGUGCCAUUUGAAGAAGACGAAGACCUCGAAGCUGGGUCUAGUAUCGUUACUGUGGCUAUCUACAUCAACCUGGUAGCCAACAUUCUGCUUCUUGCUGGAAAGAUUGCGGUUAUAGUGUUGACUGAUUCACUGUCAGUUCUCGCCUCGCUUGUUGAUGCAGCGCUUGACUUUUUGUCGACAGCCAUUGUUUGGGUCACGACUUAUCUGAUUCAGCGACAAGAUCAAUAUGCCUAUCCAAUUGGCCGACGCCGUCUCGAGCCCGUGGGUGUCCUGGUCUUCAGCGUCAUCAUGAUAACCUCCUUCUUCCAGGUCGGCCUCGAGUGUCUUUCUCGUUUGACGUCUGGCGAUCGCUCCAUCGUCGAACUGACAGUACCAGCGGUUGCGAUCAUGAUAUCCACAGUCGUGAUCAAAGGGUUCUGCUAUUUCUGGUGCCGCCUCAUCAAGAAUAGUUCUGUACAAGCACUAGCCCAGGAUGCUUUGACUGACAUCGUCUUCAACACCUUUUCCAUCAUCUUCCCAUUGAUUGGCUUCUAUGCAUCAAUCUGGUGGCUCGACGCCUUAGGUGGUCUCCUCCUAUCCUGCUACGUCAUCUUCAACUGGUCAAAGUCUGCAUCGGAACACAUUCGCAACCUCUCUGGUGCAGCAGCUACGGCUGAUGAGCGCAAUAUCUUGCUCUACCUGACUAUGCGCUUUGCGAAAACUAUCAGGUAUAUCCAAGGACUACAAGCGUACCAUGCUGGAGACAAAUUGAAUGUGGAAGUGGAUAUUGUGUUAGAGGAGAAUACAAGUUUGAAGGACAGUCAUGACUUGAGCGAAAGCCUACAGUAUGUUCUUGAGAGUGUACCUAGUGUGGACCGAGCAUUUGUGCAUAGUGACUAUAAGAGGGUGAAUCUGCCGAGUCAUAUGAACCAGCAGGGAUGA